AUGAACUUGCUGACUACUUGUGUCACUUUCGUUACUCUGAAAUUGUCAUCAGUAACCUGUCAGGAUUGUCUUCUGUCCCCUUUGUACAUUUCACUCAAUGAUAAUAUUAUUGCCAAUUUCCUGUACUGUAUGAUGUACCACAUGUCAUAUGUACAGUACGCCAUCACAACAAUCAUCUCGAUCAACCGUUUGACCAUUCUCUGGGAUCAUUUGCGUUUUGAACCUUGGUGGCGAAACUACUCAUUUCUACUCAUAUUCGUAGUUUAUUUUUCUCCAUUUAUCAGCACUGGAAAACUAUUCUUUAGUGAUUGUACUUUCGGGAACAGAUCCGACGGUACAUUUGUUCUAUCAUGUGAUCUGCCCACAAGCAUCCUCUUUACUCCGUUGAUCGCUUUCCAAAUCGUAUGUACAUGCUGUGCAUUCGCGUGUAACAUCACAAGCUUGGUUUUAUUGCUGAGAGCUUCGAAAGAACUCAAAUCGAAAAUGGGCUAG